AUGCCGCCUCUUUACAUCAAACCCGAAAAUGCGCUCAAGCGCUCCGAAGAGCUGCUCGCUCUGGGCACGGCCACCUCGCGGGAGCAGGCCUUUGAGAACCUCUUUGAGGUGUUCCAGUCGAAACGCUUCAAGAUGACCCCGGUCUCGGUCCUCGAACCUAUCGUCCUCAAAUUCCUCGACCUAUGCGUCGAGCUCCAGCGCCGGUCACACGCUCGCUUCGCUCUCCUCUCCUACCGCAACGCCGUCCAGACCACCAACGUUGCUUCGGUCGAGACGGUUCUCAACCACUUUAUUGCCCAGGCCGAGUCUCGCCUGACGAGCGCUACGGAGACGGCCAAGAAGGAGGUUGAGGCGUUGCCGGAGAAUCCUACCGUCGACGAUGAGCUCCCGCUCCAGCCAUCGGCGAUGCUCCUCGAUACGUUCAUCGACAACACCAACGACCGGGAACGUAUCGAGCGGCGUCUGAUCGGACCGGCCCAAAAGGCUUGCUACGACGCCUACGACACCUCGCUGGAUAUUUGCAAGGGCAAUGACCGCUUGGAGCUGGUGUACCAGUCUAUUGCGCACCGGGCGUUCAAAUUCUGCAAGGUGCACCAGCGCAAGACGGAUUUCCGGCGGCUGUGCGAGCAGCGGCUCCGGAAGGAUCUUGCAAACGCCAGCAAGUACGGUCACCAGCAACACGCCAUCAAUCUCUCGGACUCAGAGACGCUCUCGCGGCAUUUGGAUACUCGGUUCCUGCAGCUCGAGACGGCGGUAGAGCUCGAGCUAUGGCAGGAGGCGUUCCGGUCGGUGGAGGAUGUGCACGGGCUGGUGGCCGGCAAAAAGCAGGCCAAGCCGUCGAUGAUGGCCAACUAUUACGAAAAGUUGACCCAAAUCUUCAAGGCAGAGGGCGGAAAGCAGACGGCCGUGUUUCACGCGGCGGCAUGGGCGCGGUAUCUGCAGUAUGCGGAACGGGCGGGCAUGUCGAAUGACAAGGCGCCGGGGUGUGUCUUGCUGUCAGCGCUGGCGGUGCCGUUGGGGGAUGUCGAGACCAAGCAGCGCUUGAUUGCGCUGCUCAAUCUCCCCAAGAUGCCUACUCGGGACGCCCUCGUCAAGGACGCCGCGGCCAAGCAUCUCCGUCGGGUCCACCCCGCUAUCCGCCAAAUCUACAAUGCGCUCGAGGUCGACUUUCAGCCGCUCAAGGCGGCCAAGAUUCUCGCACCGGUCAUUUCGUCCCUUCCGGCCGAGUACCAGCCGUACCUCCCUGCCCUCCGCGAGGUUGUGCUUUCUCGCCUCCUCACCGGUCUUUCGGAAGUCUACGACACGGUUUCGCUUUCGCACGUCAUCAGCCUCGUCCAGCCGUUCGAGGAGACGGCGUGGAAGACGGACAUGCCGUCCUUGGAAAAGUUUCUCAUGACUUCGGCUAGCCGGGGCGAGAUCAAUGCGUCGAUCGACCACGUCGCUCAAUCCCUCACCUUUACCACCCCCGUCGUCGACACCAACCGUCUUUCUAAUCUUGCCGUGUGUCUCUACAACACAAUGCAAUACCUCAACCCCGCACCCAUCAUCUCCCGCUCGGACGCAUUUGCCGCUGCCAUUGCCCAGGCAGAGGAGGAGCGCAAGACGGCCCAGCACCGCCGUGCGGUCGUCAUCAAGCGUCGGGAACUGCUGGAGGAGGCCAAUAUCCGCCGAGUCAAGGAGGAGUCGACCGCCAAGGCUGAAAAGGCCAAGCAGCUCCUCGAGGAGACGACGCGCAAGGAGAAGGAGUAUGCGCGUCAGGCCGAAAAGGACCGGCUGCAAAAGGAGAUGGAGACGACUCGGCGCGAGGAGGCCAAGAAGCUCGCCGAGAGUCUGGCGGCCAAGGGUGCGCUCAAGGUGGAUAUGAAGGAGAUUGAGGAUCUGGAUAGUAACCAGGUGCUUGCGCUCCAGGUGCAGCACCUGGAGAAGGAGAAGCGGGAGAUGGCGGAUCGGCUCAGGAUUGUUGGGAAAAGGGUGGAUCACCUCGAGCGCGCCAUGCGUAAAGAGGAACGACCACUGCUGGCGGACGACUACACGAGGCAAAAGGAGAAUGAUAAGGUGGCGCACGAGCAGGCCAACAAGGUCGCGAGGGAAGAGGCGAUCGCGCGGCAGGCGGCCGAGAAGGGGUUGAAGGAGAGAUUGGGGCGGAUGCUGUCGGAUUACAUGGAGGCGAGAAAGGAGGUGGAGAGUGUGCAUGCGGCAGAGUUUGAAAAGGCGCGCGAGGCGGCUCAGGCCAAGAUUGCGGAAGAAAAGGAGAAGUUUAGGGCCAAGGUGGUGGAGAGGAGAAGGAAGGAUAAGGCGAGGCGGCAAAAGGAGCAGGAAGAGGAUGAGCGGAGAGCCAGGGAGGAACAGGAACGUGCCGAAGCGGAGGCGGCGGCUGCCGAGGAGGAGGCUGCGCGUGAGGCUGCGGCCAAGGCGGAGAUUGAAGCGAGGCAGGCCGAGGCGAGCGCCAAGGCUGAGGAGAGGCGCAAGGAGCGGGAAGCGGAACGGGCGGCGGCGGAAGAGGCGGCCAAGAAGCAGAGGCAGAGGGAAGAGGAGGCGGAAGAGCGUCGUCGUGCUCGUGCGGCUGGAGGAGGAGCGCCUGUUCGGGCCGCACCCGUUAAUCACACCCCAGCGCCCGCCGCUGUAGGUGUCCAGCCUACAUUGGUUCGACCCGCCGCUGCUGGCGGAUGGAGAGACAAGCUCGCUGCCAAGCAGGGCGGCAGCACCGGUACAGCCUCGCCUACCCCAUCCGCCCCCGCACCCGUACCCAAGCACGGCGCGUCCACACCGGCGAACGGCGAUGCUCCACCUCGGGGCGUCUACCAGCCCGGUCGAGGCAAGUGGAGUGCUGCGCGAGGUGGUGCGUCGGGAGGUGGAGGUACACCCCCGCCGUCCUCGUCGACGCGUGGAGGUGCGGCCGGUGGAGGGGGGUCCAGGUGGUAG